UCCAAUAUGGCCGCAGUGAAAACGGAUCUCUCGAUUUCGGGUGCAGAUUUUACAGGAAAUACUUUCGUUGUGCUGCAUUUGUGAAGGGCUGCCAUUUUACCGAGCUUACGUAUCUACAGUAUGAAACAUGAGUGACCAAGUGGUCCAGCUCUCCUCAGCCUUCCACCAUGAGGACAUGCUUCAGUCUCUGCACCAGCUCCGACUGCAUGGCCACCUGUGUGAUGUCACAGUCCAGGUGGACUUCCAGGGUGAGCUGGAAGAGUUCGAGGCUCACCAGGUGGUCCUAGCUGCCUCCAGCGGCUACUUCAAGAACAUCCUACUGGCCCCGGACCCACCCAAGAAACUAUUCCUGGGGAACGUUCGAACCACUGAUUUCACCAGGUUCUUGGAAUAUGUAUACACUGGCAAACUGGAGGUGGAUAAAGAGUUUGCUAAAGACAAGAUUGGUGUAAUACAUGAAGUGGCGACACUUUUGGAGUGUAAGAGCCUUGUCCAGGCUUGCUGCUCGGUUCUCGAUGAAGGCAGCUUGAGUCCGCACAGGGCUGAAACAUCCAUGUCACAAGACAAGGAGGCUGAUUUGGAUGAUGUAGAAGAGGAGGAGGGGGCGCUGGGGGUCGAAGUAAACAAAGUUCCCAAAAUAGCCUCCACCAAAAGGCUGACCUCUCCAACAAAACCAGAGAGAGGGGAGAGGAGUUUGAAAAGGGCAAAGGUCACGGUCACAGCCGAGGAGGAGAGGUCAGAGGUGAAUAAAGACACUGAGGUCUCUGGGAGAAGGAGUAACAGGCUGGCAGGGCGCAGAGUCUUCGUUGACAUUCCUAAGAAGAAGUACGUGAGGAAGAUGAAGGACCAGACCAAGAUGCAGAUGGAAGAUCUGCAUGACAACAACACUCAGACAACCAGUCAGGAGGAGAACACUGACAACACACAGGAGGCAGAAGAGGCCCUUCCAGAGCUGCUGCCUGAAAAAGAGGGGGCGGGACUGGAAUCAACAGACGUUGAUGAUGAAGAUGAGGUGGAAGAGGGAGAUAUACCACAGGAUUGUCCAGAUGACUCCCUCUUCUUCCCCAGCAAGGAAGAGGAGGGCGAGGAGGAAGGAGAGGAACGUGCCACCAACAGAUCAUCCAGACGUAUUGACACCCAAUACAAGUGUGACAAAUGUCAACGGACCUUCCACUAUGAGAAGAGCUACCUGAAGCACAUCAAGACGAGCCACAGUGUGCAGGGGGAGGUGACUUACCGUUGUGACACCUGCCAGCAAACCUUCGCCAACCGCUGCAACCUGAAGAUCCAUCAGAGACACGUCCACAGUGACGAGAGACUGUUCCCCUGUGAUGUCUGCACCAAGACUUUCAAACGCAAGAAGGACGUGACACGCCACCGACGACAGGUGCAUGAGGGAGGUGGUGAGCGGCACACCUGUCUUGUGUGUAACAAGGCUUUGAGCUCUAAGACAGCGUUGACGCUACAUGAGAGAACACACACAGGAGACAAGCCCUACUCCUGCACUGACUGUGAAGCCAAGUUCUCCCAGAGCUCAGCCCUCAAGACACACCGCAGGACUCACACAGGAGAGAAGCCUUUCGCCUGUGACCAGUGUGAUGCGAGGUUCACCCAGAACCACAUGUUGUCCUAUCACAAAAGGGCCCACACAGGAGAGAAGCCUUUUAUGUGCGAGAGCUGUGGGAAAAGCUUUGCCUCUAAAGAAUACCUGAAACACCACUCCAGAAUCCACACAGGCUCCAGGCCUUACAAGUGUGAACAAUGUGGUCGGGCCUUCGCCCAGAGAAACUCCCUCCACCAGCAUAUGAAGAUACACACAGGUGAGCGCCCGUACCACUGUACAGAUUGUGAUAAGCAGUUCACCCAGCUGAAUGCCCUCCAGAGGCACCAGAGGAUUCAUACAGGGGAGAAGCCCUACAUGUGUGGCCUCUGCAACCGUACCUUCACUGACAAGUCCACUGUACGAAGACACACCAUGACUCAUGACCAAAACACUCCAUGGAAGAACUACCUGGUGGUCCUCAAGGACAACGUUGAGGAAAAGACUAAGAAACCCAGAGGCCUUGGUAGAAAGGUUAAAAUGGAGACGGUGGUUCAGGAGGUGGAAGGGGAUAGUGGAGCUGGAGGUAGGCUCCAGGAGGGGACCAUAUUGGUUCCUGGUGAGCCCAUCACACUCUCAGCCAACUGGGGCGACCCAGGGACCAUCGCCCUGGUUAGCCACACCACCCUGGGUGGGUUCACGGUCAUCCAGACAGAAAUGCCGGCAGGGACCCAGCUACCCAUCGUCACCACAGACGGCACCGGGGCCAGUGUCAUCUCUCUGGAUGGAUCCACUGUCUCUGUCCCCUUUACUAUCCCUGUCUCUAUGUCCUCCAUCCCUGUGACCUCGUCCUCCUCUGGUCCCCUCCCUGUCCAGACUGUGUCUCUCUCUGUCCCCGUCACUGUCUCAGGGGCCAUAUUUGCCCCAGUUUCAGUUUCGGAGACCACUCUUUCAACUUCAUCCGUGCUGGAAACUGCGGUGUCGCAGACCAUCUUGGCUCCAGAUUUGGAAGCUGGGCCUGGUUCAGAUAUGACGGCCAUUAUGGAUCCUGAGGAGGCAGUUUCAGAGUGUGCCCCUAUCUCUGAGGAGUGUGUUACAGUGCAGACAUCAGAACUGGAGACUGAGACACAGACAGCUGCUGUCUCUAAUGAGGAACAACACAGUGUACCAGAGGACAUAGGUACUGUGGAAGACAUUGAGGUGUCCACUGAAGAUACUGUGGUGUAGGUUGGCAUGUAUUUCAAUGUACAAACCCUUCCAUAUGUAUUUGGGCAUUGAGGAUAAUUUACACUAUACUCCAGCAUUUUGGAUUUGAGAUCAAAUGUUUCAUAUGAGGUGACAGUACAGAACACCACCUUUUUU